AUGUAUGUUGCCAUGGUGACAGACAGUCGGAGCAGUCUAGACGCAGCAGUCGGCCAGAGACAGCAGGUGGCUCAGGGCUGGAUAAACACAUGCCCACUGUCCUCUGGCAUAUCCAUCAUAUCCAAGAAACCAGGUAACACACACACGCACCACACACACCUCAACUUCCAAUGAACUGACCAUUAACUCACUGCCAGGCACGGGCCGCAUUAAAUCAGGUAGGGCAGCAAAACAACACCCAGACCUCAGUUUCAUGACUGUGUUGAUACCCUUCUGUUCCAGGGCUGUCUAAAAAGAUCAAUAGAGGGUCUCAGCUGCACAAUUACUACAUGAAGAGGAGGACUCUGCUACUGGCCCUACUGAUAACUAAUACCUUACUGUUGUACCUUUUUCUUUUUUGCUAUAACACACACUGGUCUUUUCUUACUAGCGCUGGGUUUGCUGAUAGGUACUUUAUUGAAUAAAUUCUCACUUGCUAUAGCUAGGUUUCCAUCUAAUUGGCGACAGAUUUUCAUGCGAAUACACUAGAAUCUGCAUACAUCUCAGAGUUGGCCAUAGCUACAGAGCAGUCUGUGGAGACCAGCAUCACCAACUGGAGGUCCAUGUACAUCAGCCUGAGUGAGAAACAAUGGAAAGACAAUGUCAACCUGGCCUGGAGUAUAGCUCCUUUCCUGGCACUGCAGCUGCCUGCAAGGUACACACACAUACACACACAGGCACACAAGUACGCAAGGUACACACACAUACACACACAGGCACACAAGUACGCGUCCCCAGACACACACACACUGAACUAUAUCCUACACUCUAUGGUUUGUUAUUUCUCACUUGAAAUAAGUUGUCAACAUUGUGCUUUUGAGAAUGUACAGUACGAUAAUGCACUUUUAUCCUAAAGUCUGUAAACUUGAUGCCGAGACAGCCUAUAGGGAGGAGGUCAGAGACCUGGCAAUGUAGUGCCAGGACAUUAACCUCGCCCUCAAUGUGAGCAAGGCAAAGGAGCUGACCAUGGACUACAGGAAAAGGAGGGCCGAACAUUGCCCCAUUCACAUCGACGGGGCUGUAGUGGAACAGGUCGAGAGCUUAAAGUUCCUUGGUGUCCACGUCACCAACAAACUAUCAUGGUCCAAACACACCAUGACAGUUGUGAAGAGGGCACGACAACGGCUAUUCCCCGUCAGGAGACUGAAAAUAUUUGACAUGGGUACCCAGAUUCUCAAAAAGUUCUACAGCUGCACCAUUGAGAGCAUCCUGAUCGGUUGCAUCACCACCUGGUAUGGCAACUGCUCGGCAUCCGAUCGUAAUGCGUUACAGAGGGUAGUGCGUAUGGCCCAGUACAUCACUGGGGCCAAGCUUCCUGCCAUCCAGGACCUCUAUACUAGGCGGUGUCAGAGGAAGGCCCAAAAAAUUGUCAAAGACUUCAGUCACCCAAGUCAUAGACUGUUCUCUCUGCUACCGCACGGCAAGUGGUACCGGAGCGCCAAGUCUAGAUCCAAAAGGCUCCUUAACAGCUUCUACCUCCAAGCCAUAAAACUGCUGAAAAAGUAAUCAAAUGGCCUCCUGGAUUAUUUGCAUUUUACACUGCUGCUACUCGCUGUUUAUUAUCUACGCAUGGUCACUUUACCCCUACCUACAUGUAUAAAUUACCUCGACUAACCAGUACCCCCGCACAUUGACUUGGUACCGGUACCCCCUUUAUAUAGCCUCGUUAUUGUUAUUUUAUUGUGUUGCUUUUUUUUUACUUUAGUUUAUUUAGUAAAUAUUUUCUUAACUUUAUUUUCUUAAAACUGAGUUAUUGGUUAAGGUAAGUAAGCAUUUUACAGUAAGGUCUACCUGCACCUGUUGUAUUCGGCGCAUGUGACAAAUACAAUUUGAUUUGAUUUCAAAUGGCUGUAUGUAUUUAUUCAUGUUCAAAGGUAAUCUGUCUAUGGAUACAUCAGGUUUAAGAAUACUGAGUCCAUUGUGGCGGAGGUGACUCAUCUGGUGCAUCUGGACCCAGCGGCUGUGUGUGACGUACCUGAAGCCGUCAAGGUGAGAGAGGGUGCCUCGUGCCUGAGACCACCCGAUGGCCCCUCUCAGGCUGCACUUACUGCAGUUAGCUCAGUUGAUUUAUUUGCACUUAGAAACAUUCAAGACUGAGGAGACUGUACUGUGUAUGUGUUUACACAUUAUUUUCUCCCUUCAGAUCUGCAAACAAUGGGCACAAACAAACCUGAUUCAACUAAAGGCUUGAUGAUGAGUUGAUUAGUUAAAUUAAGUGUGUUAGUGCUAGGGCAAAAACUAAAAUGUGAGAUUCUUCAUUGUGCAUACUCUUUUGUUCAGGACUAGGAUUAAUCAGUGUAUCUUAAUUCACUCUUUCGCUCUCUGGUGUCCAGCUUCUGGUGACAUGGCACACCAUCUAUGCAGACUCUCCACAGCUGAGCCAUAUCCUGUGUUGGGCUCCCAUCGACCCGUCGACCGGCCUCUCUUACUUCUCCUCCAUAUAA